UGGUUUUUUUUUUACAAUAAAGGUGUGGAAACUAAAUUGAGGUUUUCCACAAAAAAACGCAAAUAUUUUUUGUUGCAAACUGUGCAAAUAAUAAUUUGGCCAAUUAGAUUAUUGUUACUGCAAUGUCUAUGGCUAACUAACUCAAAAUACGCGUUCUUCGUUGUUGGGCAGUGAAGCAAAUGCAAAGAGAAAACCGUGUCGAAGAAACGGGCGUCAAUGUGGACGCUAUCUGUGUAUAUGAACGAUUCAGCUUGCUAGAGUUAGUAAUCGCAUUUAAUUUAAAAUCCUCGUCUUGGAAUUAGACGACGACGACACUUGAAAUCAUGCCACUGCCCAAGCGAUCGAUUGAGCCGGUUCAUGUGGCCAGGUCUGUGUAUCAGCAGGAUGAAUUGCAAUCGGUGGAACUGGAAACAGUGACCAAUACGACAUUGACAAACAUUAUACGUCAACUGUCAUCGCUAUCGAAGCAUGCGGAAGAUGUAUUCGGUGAAUUGGCCAGAGAUGUGGGCAAUAUAGGCGAUCGGGCCAAUUCAUUGCAGGCUCGCAUUGAUCGUUUGGCCAUAAAAGUCACUCAAUUAGAUAGCACGGUUGAGGAAGUGCCACUGACCGAUAUAACACGUAAAAAAGCAUUCAAAUCGGCAAAAAUUUUUGAUCAACAAAUAUUUUCACGUGCCACAAUGCCGGCACCGAUGUUGGAAACGUAUGCCCUGUGUGAUAAGCCACCGCCAUUGGACAAAUUAAAUGUGUAUAGAGAUGAUGGCAAGGAUGGCCUUAAAUUCUAUACGGAUCCCAAUUAUUUCUUUGAACUUUGGCGACAGGAAAUGCUCAAAGAUACUGAACGAGUAAUGCAUGACAAGGGCAAGAAAUUGCAUCGUCCUCGACAGGAUGGUGGCAGUGGAGGAGCCGCUGGACGUGGCCACAAGAAACGCGUACGUACGCCACACAAUACCCGAGAGAAGCAACGACAAAUCGCCAUUGGUCAAGGUGAAACUCUGAUGCCCAAUAAUGUGAUCUAUCGUACACCAAAUUCAAUGAUCAACGAAGAGGCAGGUUAUGGCGCCCAGCUAGUCCAAAUCCAAACGAUUGGUAUCGACAGCGAGGCAAGGCACGGCACACAAGGGCGAGAGCCUUUCGACAGCCCACCCAAUAAUGAUGUCCAAGACGUAGAUUCUGUAAAGCCUUAUAAUAUGCUCUCGCAUUUGGAAAAUAAUAGUAAUCUAACAAAGCAAACAGCCGUUGCAAUUACAGGCAUAGGAAUCUAUGACACACGUCCGCAGCGUCCAAAUUCGAUUGAAGUACGACGUAGCUAUCAAUCGGAGCAGAUCGAUGGUACUGGCUAUGAUCAGUUGACACCACAAACGGGUGGAAAUCAGUAUGCAUCUGCCUAUGGCACGAAUGGAUUUGCAUCAUCUGCAGCACAGAUGCAUGUGCAGCAGCAACAGCAGCAGCAGCAACACCAACAACAGAUCUAUGAUGCUGGACUAUAUCAUCAGACCCAAGGGCUGUACGGACAGAGUGGGCAGGGUGCAAUAUCCCCAGAUCCGAUAUACGGCCCCGGCACACCAUCAAGGAAUAAGCCAAGGCCAUCGCAGCCACCACCAGCACCACCAUCGAAUGGCAGUGGUGGCGGUACACCAACUGCAUCACAUGCCAACACACCGACACGGGGUCGCAGUAUGUCAACUAGUCGGGAUGCAUUGCCGCCGCCACCUCCCGUACCGGAUGCAAUGUCACCCAUGUCGGCUAUGAAUGGUGCGGCCAGUGGACACAUUGCUGCCAAAUUGCUGGGACGGACUAAUAGCACAUCGCGAGCUGGGUCUCCGCAGAUGGCUCCAAGCAAUAGUGCCCACAAUGCUAAUGAUUUGGUUAUGGCGCAAUUGACAAACACCUUUAACAGCAUUGCCAUUGGCAAUAAUCAGCAAUUGAAUUCACUUAGCGAUUUGCCUCCUCCGCCGCCAGUGCCCGAUCAGCACUCUCCAAAACCAUCACCACCAAAUGCAGCGCCACCUCCACCACCGCCACCACCUCCAUUGGAUGAAGGAAUGAACAGUGGCGUUCCAUAUAACAAUGCACCACAUCCCCAUCAAAUAUUGCCCAAGGCCCUGGUCAAUGGUGAACUGCAGCCGGUUCAGGCAAAUGGCGGAUCACAUAUGAUGGGUCCUAAGAAAUUGCUUCCUCCAUUCCCUGAUCCUCGUAACGAUUUAAUGAAAGCCAUUCGAGAUGGCAUUACUUUGCGAAAGGUGGAGAAAUCCGAGCAAAAGGAAAUUGAACGUAAUACGGCACUUUUGGAUGUGGCAUCUAUAUUGGCAAGACGGGUGGCAAUUGAGUUAUCCGAAUCAGAGGAUUCGGAUAGUGAAGAUGAUAGCGAGGGUUGGAUGGAACCCAAUGAAACCUCUGCUUGAUCGCUGAUGGCUUCAUUAAAGCCAGAUAAAAAUGCAAAAAUUAAGAAGAAAAAGUAAUUCCAAAGAGAUUUGAUCCAGCCGUGAGGCGUGUGUAGGGCUCACUUUUGUCGCGCAGUCAGUCAGUCAAUCACGUUUAGAUGAAGAUGAUGAAGGUAUGAAAUUGGAUUACACAAAAAAGCGCCAAAGCUUUUUUCUACCACAAUUUAUAUGAGAAUAUAUAUAUACAUACAAAUAUGCAUAUACACAAUAUACCUACAUAUAAAUUCAUAAUUAUACCUUACUAAAAAUCAAAAGAGUAACAGAAAUUGUAUAUAUCAAACAUAAAUAAUAAUAAUUAUAAUUAUAAUAAUAAUAAUGGCUAAUAUUAAUCAUAGUAAUCAUGUAUAGCAUUUGAUGUAUUUGUAUCAUGGCUAAGCCUCGUGAAGCGAAUAUAUAAUUAAAACUACGAGACGAUGACGACGAUCCGCAUGCAUUUUCACCAACCAAUCAAUCGAUCAACCAACCAACGUAUUAAAUGAUUUAAAUUAACGGUAAUUAUUAGUUGGUGUUUGAAUAUUAAAUAAAAGAAAAAAAUUUAUAUACCUAAA